UCUUCUUCCUCCCUCCGUCGGUUACGACCAUAACAGCGGAGCGGAUACAUUGAUCCGGCCCGUAACCCGCGAGGCGACAAACUAGGGUUUAAGGCUUCGUGCGUAGCGCCGGCUACGGAGAACGUGGGGGAGAGCGGGGAAAUACUGCAUCAGAAAUAUUAUUUCAAAUAAUAGAACAUAAAUAAAUUUAGUUCGAAUCGAAUCACAUAAAACCCGAACUUUCUUUUUUAUAUAUCUUCUUCUCCAUAUUUAAUUUAUUUUUAUUUGCUUCUUCGGAGCGAGAUGGGGGACGUCGGGGAGAAGCUCAAGGGGUAUACGAUAAUCAAGGAAGGGGAAGCGGAGAUCCUCAUGCAUUCGAGCAACAGCGUCUUCUUCAACAAGGCCCAGGUUAACAACAGAGACAUGUCCAUUGCGGUUCUAAGGACAUUUAUUGACAAGCGCAAGGAAGAACAUGCAGCAAUGUUGAACAAAAAGGGAAAAUCGGAGCAAAAGGUUCUUGAAUGCACUCUUGGAACUGAAGCGGAGGCAACAACCUUCCAAUCUCAGAAAACAAACGGAGAUUGUGAGAUGCACCUAAACCAAUCUAUAGAUGAAGCAGACGAAACAGUGAAAGAACCAACAAUGGCAUCAUCAUGGAAAGGGCCGAGGGAACUCAAGGCACCUAAAGUUCUCGAGGCUUUGGCUGCUUCUGGAUUAAGAGCUUUGCGGUAUGCCCGUGAAGUAGAUGGAAUUGGACAUGUGAUUGCUGUAGACAAUGACAAAGCAUCUGUUGAAGCUUGCAGGAGAAACAUACAAUUUAAUGGUUCUGUGGCCUGCUCAAAAGUGGAAGCUCAUCUUGCUGAUGCGCGAGUUCACAUGCUCACCCAUCCAAAAGAAUUCGAUGUGGUCGAUCUUGAUCCUUAUGGAUCACCUUCUGUGUUCCUGGACUCAGCUGUGCAAUCAGUUGCCGAUGGUGGCAUUUUAAUGUGUACAGCUACUGAUAUGGCAGUUCUCUGUGGAGGCAACGGGGAGGUCUGCUAUUCCAAAUAUGGUUCCUACCCUGUUAAGGGCAAGUAUUGUCAUGAAAUGGCUUUGAGAAUCCUCCUUGCCAGCAUCGAGAGCCAUGCAAAUCGGUAUAAGCGUUAUAUCGUCCCCAUUCUUUCUGUACAUAUGGAUUUCUACAUCCGAGUUUUUGUGCGGAUAUACACCUCUGCAAGUGAAAUAAAGAACACUCCUCUAAAACUCUCAUAUGUAUAUCAAUGUGUCGGUUGUGAUUCUUUUCAUCUCCAAAGCCUUGGAAGGAUUGUUUCUAAGAAUAAUAGUGUGAAAUCUGCUCCUGGUUUUGGUCCUGUUGUUCCUCAAGAGUGCACUCACUGUGGGAAGAAAUUCAACAUGGGGGGUCCAAUCUGGUCAGCUCCCAUCCACGACCAAGAAUGGGUGCUUUCCAUGUUAGCAAAUGUCAAAGCUAUGAAAGAAAAAUAUCCUGCAUACGACAAGAUAACUUCUGUUCUGACAACGAUAUCAGAGGAGUUACAUGAUGUCCCUCUCUUCGUCAGUCUCCACAACUUAUGUGCGACUCUGAAAUGUACAUCCCCUUCUGCAGUUAUGUUUCGCUCUGCCGUGAUAAAUGCCGGUUAUCGCAUCUCGGGCAGCCAUGUGAAUCCACUCGGUCUCAAAUCUGAUGCUCCCAUGGAUGUCAUUUGGGACAUCAUGCGCUGCUGGGUUAAGAGUCAUCCGAUUAGAGCACAGCCACCAGAUCAUUCAGGAACUGUGAUCCUCUCGAAGGAACCAAAGCUGCAAGCAAAUUUUGCCCGAGUGGUUGCAUCUCUGAGCAAAGCCCAAGCCAAGAAGGUGAAGAGAUUCCUCCCAAAUCCUGAGAGGCACUGGGGCCCGAAGGUCAGGGCCGGGCGCCAGAUUACCAGCAAGCACUCCUCUCUCUUGGGCCCACAGAUUCUCACUGGCUCUUCUAACAACGAAGUGGAAAACGGAGCAGCGUCGGAGCAAGAUGUUAAUGAUGAACACAUCGCAGAGCAAGAUGUUAAUGAUGAGCACAUCGCAAAGCGCCAGAAGACUCAUGAUUUGUCAACCAGCGAUCCGUGAUUGCCUGAUAUGCUAGUGGAAUGUGGAUCAUUUGUUGUGCUUUACCUAUGCUCUGCUAUGUUAGGGACCUUUCUAUCGGCAGUGCGUGACAUAUUAUUAUCAUGCGAAGUUAUCUUGUGACGCAGUCUUUGCAGAGCGGCAUAUUAGCAGACCUCCUGAGAUUGCAGGGUUUGUUGGCGGUCGGUUUUUGAUCAAGCAAUGUUGUCUUAAGCAACCAUUUUGUGCAGUAAUUUCCCACGAGAAAGAUGUAAAUUCCUUUCCACGCCUGCAACUGAAAUGAAAUUGGUGCGUUGCAGUUGGUAUGCUGCAUGGUUUCUUUUAUUUUUUUUCGCCAUAAAUUAAUAAAGUUCUGUAAUCUUAUUCUCUGAAUAGUAAAAUACUGAAGCAAGAGCAGUAUUUAAUUUUUUACCCCCUUAAAA